GCGGGGCGCUCGGAACUGUUUCCAUGGCAAAGGGAAUAAACUUGCCGGGAGAAGAGGAGACGGGGGGGCCGUAGAGGGGGGCGCGGCUCCGGAGCACAGGAGGCCAGCCUUGUCUGCAGAAGGAUAUCAGGGUGGCCUGCAAUCUUGCAUUCCUGAUGGCAUUUGCACCUCCCAAAAUCAUGGAUGGCCCCAAACUACAAACAAAGAUGAGCACAUGGACACCUCUGAACCAUCAGCUUAUGAAUGACAAGGAGCCUUUCUUGCUGGCUGCCAAAACAACAUGUUUGGAGUUUGCAAUGAUGAAUAAUAUUUUCCUAGUUAUGAUUAGUAACUGUUUCAAUGUAUUUGAAGAAAGAAGAGCUUUGCUUGGAAAAUGGUUUGACAAGUGGACAGAUGGUCAGAGGCGAAGGAUCCUAAUAGAUUUGUUGGAACGCUGCUCCCUGGCGCAGCAGAAAUUUUGUUCUAAGCAGUUGCAGGACCGAGUUCCAGUUGUAGCCCUGGAUUUCACCACAAAGCUUCCCAGAGUGUUGUCUUUAUACAUCUUUUCUUUCCUGGACCCCAGGAGUCUCUGUCGAUGUGCACAGGUGAGCUGGCACUGGAAGUAUUUGACAGAGCUGGAUCAGCUCUGGAUGCUUAAGUGCCUGCGUUUUGGCUGGUACAUCAACUUCUCUCCGACCCCCUUUGAGCAGGGAAUCUGGAAGAAACACUACAUUGAGAUGGUGAAGGAGCUUCAUGUCACAAGGCCCAAGACCCUUCCAAAAGAUGAAUUCGUGGUCAUUGAUGUCCAGCCAAUAGCAAGAGACGUCCCAGAGACAAAACUAACCCCUUCCUCGGUUUUCCAAUCAGCAUCUGUGCUAGGAAAGAGGACAGAGAAGGAGAAAAAAGAGCUCCCACCAUGGCGGUCUUCGGAUAAACAUCCCACAGACAUUGUCCGAUUCAACUACCUAGACAACUACGAUCCCAUCGAGCAAGUGAGGCAGGCUAGAAAGAAAGGAGGAGGACUAACCCCAGACCUCAGCCGGCAAGCAUUUGAGAAAAAGAGGAAACCGAGCUGUGCAUCUUAUAAGCUUCGGAAAGCAAAAUCACUGCACUCCACGGCUGAAUCACCAAGAACACAGGAGUGCAAAAACAAGCUGUCCCUAUCUGCAGACCUUGGCUCUAGCCCAAAAGGACCAGUUCGCCCAAGUUGGGCUACUCACCAAUCAACAGGGUACCCUGUUACCAAAGCAACAGCUAAGAUCCUAGCUCAAAGUGCCCAGUGGAAUGCUGGGAUACGGCCAGCCCCUGUUCGAGCUCCAGUACCAAAGCUGAGUGAAAGAGGGAAGAAGGCCUUUGCAAGGAUGAGCAGAAGUUCUCCAUCAUCCCCACUGUUUGAAGCUCAGCCCUGGCAAAUUCCUGCAUCGGACCAUGGAUCUGACGCAGAGUAAGGAAGUGAAGGUUCAAUGCAAUUCAUCUCAGUCAAACUGGCGCAUCUGCCCAGCUUUCAGAAGAUGCCGAUCACAUCCCUGAGUUACCGUGAAGAACGGAUGUUACUGACAUGUAAGAAUCAUGCUCAAAGUCUCAAGGAUCCAGCUCCAUUUUUUUAUAUCACUUGUCACAAUAAGAGACUUCCUCCCCACCCUCAUUGAACUCACUAUACGAUGGCUAUAAAGUCACUAUACAAUGCGGAGAAACAGGCAUGGAGACCCUGAGGGAGAUUUACUAGUAUAGCUCUGGGCUAACUGCAUUGCAGCCAGUUUACACUGAAGGGUUUCUGGGGCAGGAACUAUCUUUUACUAUGUAUACAGCACAUAGCAGAGUGGGCCCUCACUAUGGCUGGGAUCUCCAGGUGCUGCCAUAAUACAAAUAAGUCAUGCAAAACUAGGGUGAGAUCAGAAUUUGAAUCAGUAUCUUGUUUGCUAUCUUGCCUUUUUUCAGUGUGUUUUCUUGUCUCUGCUGCUUUGGAUGCUGAUGCCUCAAUCUGCUUUCACUCAGUCUAUGUCUUCACUGCAGAGUUAACUUGGGCAAUUGGCACCCGGGUUAGUCUAACCCAGGUGCAAGCUGCCACACUGCAAAGCCUUACUGUCUUACUGUGUCCUCACUGGUGCUGAACUCCCAUGUGUGUGUCAGUAGGACUUUGGGGGCAUAUCCUAUGGUCCUGUGUGCUGCAGUAUGCUGAGCUAUGCUGAUUCUUUCCCAGUGAAUUGUGGGAGAAUUUGUCUGUCUUUCUAGGCGCAGGGGGGAUUGUGGAAUGGCACUACAGGAUUACCAGCACUGGAGUGAUUUAGGCCUGGUCUACACUAGGGGAGGGGAUCUGUCUAAGUUACACAACUUCAGCUACAUGAAUAACAUAGCCAAAGUCAACAUACUUCGAUCUACUCACCAUGGUGUCUUCACUGUGGUAAGUCGACAGCUGACGCUCCCCUGUCCACUCUGCCUGUGCUUCUCGCUCCGGUGGAGUACUGGAGUCGACGGGCGAGCGCUUGGCGGUCGAUUUAUCACAUCUAGUCUAGACAUGAUAAAUUGUCUAGAUAAGCCCGUACACUGUGUCCUCACUGCAAAGUAAGUGGUUACAGCCUGAGUGAAUGUGGAGCCCAGGAUCUUACUUAUCCCCCAGCUGGGUUGAAAUGCCCCUGAACUCCAGGGAGAGGUUUGUGCAUGGAUGGGAAGGAGGAUUAGGGCUGAAAGCCAGUUAAGAGCUCAAAUUAACUCUGCACUGAAAACAGCCCCUCUCCAAGGUUUGACUCCAUGAUUUCAGUGGUGUGACUCCUGAUUUACACCAGUGUGAGAGCAGAAUCAGACCCCAGACUGCGGCUAAAAUUGUUGCAUGAGAUUUUCCAUGUGGCGCUGAUACCAAUAUGAUUCGUACAGAGAAGGUGAAUCAGAUACAAAAAUGAUACCUGUAUACAAAUAGAAUAAUCAUAUUCAGUAAAUCAUAACCUUUCCAAUGAUAUCUCACAUGACCCAUCUUGCAUAAAAUACAUCAUAAUGAUACCAUACUCAUAUGAUCAUAAAAUCUCAAUGAAGAAUAUGUCACAGCAACAAUUGGAGCAUUUGGUCUGAGCAGGGUUCUCAACCUUUUCCAUACUAGGUUGUCCUUGCCAUUUAGCAAUAUGGGAAGGGCCAGAUGGUCAUCCCCCACUGGCCACCUAGGUUGAAAACCCCUGGUCUAAGGCAAGAGAGCAGCCUAAAAAGUUCUCCAAGGAAGGGGGCAUAAGCCAGUGUGGACAUGGGGAAAAUUAAAGCCCUUGAGCUAUGCCCACUAGUGGCUGUUCUUUUCGCCCUUCUGCAGCACCUUCUUCCUCCAGGCCCAUAUACAGCUGCCACCAUCUCUCCUUUCUGUCCACUUGCUCUCCUGUUUCCUCUUGUUUUUUCUCCUUGUCUUUUCUUUUGUGGCUUUCUCUCUCUAUUUGUGGCUCUGCUUGUUUUUUGUCCUCCUGCUCCCCUAUCACAUUCCCCAGGAUACGUGUUGCUCUGGAUGGGAACAACCACUGGUAUCCCCUGCAUGACUGAGCUGAAUGUCACAGAAAAAGAGAAGCUUGAGUGGGCAGGAUACUGUGUGAGCCUAUGACCAUGUACACGUCAGCAGCUUCCCUGGAUGGCUUCUCUAGUGGCCAAGGUGUGACCAGGGAGAAAAGGCAGGUGGCGUUCAGCUGCCUGCCUGCUGCUUUCCCCACAAUAGAUGCAUGUUUGAAGGGGACAGUGCUAGUGGAUCUGGGGCUCAUGCAGUAUUCCGUGGCCACUCCUCAGUGAAGCUCUGCUCCAUGCCGAUGCUUACUUAGCCUAGCAAAGCUUUGGGGUGGGAGCAACACUGUCGGUGUAGGGAAACAGUGAUCUAAGCCCCAGUGCUAGGGCUAGCUAAAGGAGAGUGUCCUUUAGCUCAAAUAGCAGGAGCUUGCCCUUCAAAGACUGUAGGUCCACAGUUCUGUUCCUCCUGUAGCAUAUAUGCCAUGUAAUCAGUGGCCUCUGCUUGUGGCCACCAGUCUACUCUUCCAGUUCAUUUUUACAGAAGCAAGGGGGUGAGAUAAUAUCUUUUAUUGGACCAACUUCUGUUAGUGAGAAAGACAAGCUUUCGAGCUACACAGAGCUCUUAUUCAGGUCUGGGAAAAGUGCUUACAGAUACGUAGAGUAUCUGAUAAAUUCAUGGACUAGAUAAACUAGAAUUAGAUAAAUUCAUGGAGGAUAGGCCCAUCAAUGGUUAUUAGCUAGGAUGGGCAGGGAUGGUGUCCCUAGUCUCUGUUUGCCAGAAUGGGUGAUGGGAUGGAUCACUUGAUGAUGACCUGUUCUGUUCAUUUCCUCUGGGGCAUCUGUCACUGGCCAUUGUUGGAAGACAGGAUACUGGGCUAGAUGGACCUUUGGUGUAACCCAGUAGGGCCAUUCUUAUGUAUGUUCUAGAGUGUCACAGCUAAAUACAAAAUCAAACAGAUAGGUUAGCAUUAGCACAUCUGUAAGGGAUCAUUCAAGGUGAAAUGGCCCAUGAACACCUCUGUAGUCACAGGGCAAAAAGUGGGGGUUAGAGGGUUACAGAUGUUGUACUCAGCCACAAAUCCAGCAUCUUUAUUAAGACCAUGAUUUUUAGUGUCUAGCAAAGUUAUUAAUUUAAACAGCCAGGCUUUUCUUUUGAAAGUGUUGUGUGGGUUUUCUUUAGGGAUGAGGACCGAUAGAUCGGAUAUAAACAGAGUGAUUGCUCUGUGAAAAGUGUUCACCCACAGGCGAGAGGUUUUUAUUGGUCUUUUAUCAUUUUCCUGUGUGAGUUCAUUCACGAGAGUAGUGAUGGUCUGGUUUCUCCCACAUAGUUGUUAGUGGGGCAUUUAGGAUAUGUCUGCCCAGCAGCUAGACACCUGCGGCUGGUCUGGGCCAGCCGACGGGCUUGAGGGGUUCAGGCUGCAGGGCUGUUUCGUUGCUGUGCAGACUUUCAGGCAUGGACUGGAGUCUGAGCCCUGGUAUCCUCCCACCUUGCAGGGUCCUAGAACCUGGACUUCAGCCUCAGCCCAGAACUCUACACAGCAAUGAAGGAGCCCUGCAGCCUGAACCCAGUGAGCCCACGUCAGCUUGCAAGGGCCAGCCACAGGCAUCUAGGUGCUGACUUCCUCUCUACCUGGGGAGUGCUUGACCUCGACCCUGACCCUGACCCCAAUCUACCCCUUCCUCCAAGCCCUCACCCCACCCCACGUCUUCCCCCCCCCGCUCUGCCCCAGGCCCACUCCACCCCUUCCCCCAAGCUCCGCCUUCACCCCCAGGAGACGCUGGGAGGUAAGGGGAGGAGUUGAUCUGUGGGGUUGCCAGCGGACGGGAGGCACUGGGGGUAGGGGCAGAGCUUGGCUGCCAGUGCAUGCUAAGCACCGCUAAUUUUUUUCCAUGGAUGCUCCAGCCCUGGAGCAUCCACAGAGUCGGUGCCUAUAUGUCUAGUUGCUGUGUAGACAUACCCUAUGUGCACUGUAUGAGGUACACCACAUUGUAAUAGCCAUGGGUAGGACCCCUGGGUCUCAAAAGGUGGUAUUGUGAGGGUGUUGAUCAUUAUAGCAGUGAAGAUACAUUUGUAGGUUUUGCAUCUGUUGUUCUGGCAUCUGGUGCCUCUUUGAGUUGGUAUGUCCUGACCUGUGGGAAGUUGGCGUCUGAUGAUGAGCUUGGAGAGGUUGCAGGGUUGUUUGAAGGCCAGAAGAGGGGGGCUAGGAAAGAUUUCUUUCAGGAUCAGUUCCCCACUGAAUAUGUUGAAGCUGUUUGAUGAUACUCCAUAUGGAUUCCAGUGUAGGGUGGUAGGCGACAGCUAGGGGUGUGUAGUUAGAGGAGGUUUUAUUUCUGUAUUGAAGCAGGUUUUCUCAGGGUAUGUGGGUGGCCUGUUCCAUGAUGCUAUCUAUUUCUCUGGUGCAGCAUCCUUGUUUGGUAAAGGUUGUUGAGUGUGUCAAGGUUUGUAUCCUGGACUUUCUUCAGAGCAUAUUCUGUGAUACCUGAGUUCCUGAAUGUAGAUAACAGAUUUCUUUGAGGUGGUUUCUGGAUCUAUGAAGGUAGGGAUGGUGAUCCAAGGGUUUCUGGUAUGUAGUUGUCUGUAGGCUUAGGCGCCGACUCCAGGGGUGCCUCAGGGGUGGGGCACCCAUGGGGAAAAAUUAGUGGGUGCUCUGCACCAACUGACAGCUCCCCGCCUCGCCCCUCCCGCUCCACCUCACCUCCUCCUCCGCCUCCUCCCCUGAGUGUGCCGUAUCCCCGCUCCUCCACCUACCUCCCAGCGCUUGCCGCUGCCAAACAGCUGUAGCAAGCUCUGGGGGGAAGGUGGGGAGAGGAGGAGCAGGAAUGUGCUAUGCUCAGGGGAGGAGGUGGGGAAGAGGUGGGGCUGGGGCAGGGAUUUGGGGAA